AUGUCGCACGCCGCCGAGUAUGAUUACCUCUUCAAGCUGUUGUUGAUCGGAGAUUCUGGAGUGGGCAAGUCGUGUCUCCUCCUCCGAUUCGCGGACGAUACCUACACCGAGAGCUACAUCUCCACCAUCGGCGUCGACUUCAAGAUCCGCACGAUUGAGCUCGAGGGGAAGACUGUCAAGCUGCAAAUCUGGGACACAGCCGGACAAGAGCGGUUCAGGACCAUCACCUCGUCAUACUACCGUGGAGCACACGGUAUCAUCGUGGUCUACGAUGUGACUGACAGCGACACCUACUCGAACGUCAAGCAGUGGCUCCAGGAGAUUGACCGAUACGCCGUCGAGGGCGUCAACAAGCUUCUUGUCGGUAACAAGUCGGAUCUUGCCACCAAGAAGGUUGUGGAUUACGCAGCGGCCAAGGCCUUUGCUGAUGAGCUCGGCAUUCCUUUCCUUGAGACCUCGGCCAAGAACGCUACCAACGUCGAACAAGCAUUCUUGACCAUGUCGAAGCAGAUCAAGGACCGGAUGGGCUCAAACUCUAUGGCUGCUGGACCGGGCGGCAAGUCGACCAUCAAGGGUCUGGGACAGAAUGUCGAGCAGAAGGCUGCGGGAGGGUGCUGCUAG